AUGGUUACAGUCACCAUUCACAACACACUUGGGGCAGCCUACAUCAGCUCGAUCAUUUCUGCGAUCUUUUAUGGUAUUACGACGGUUCAAACGGCAACAUACUUCCGUCGGAAUUCGAACGACCCAGCUGUGUUCAGGAUCUUGAUCAGUAUCCUGUGGGUUCUGGACACGCUUUUGACGAUUUUGGUCCGUCACGCGGUGUACACUUACACUAUCGUCUAUUUCGGCGACCCGAUUGUGGCUACGAGGCUUGUAUGGAGCACCACAGCGCUCCUGUUUCCUUCGUGUGUCAAUGACGCCAUUAUCAGAAGCCUGUUCAUGUAUAGGAUCUGGAGGCUAUCAAACAGGAAUCUCGUGCUCCUCAUGAUCUGCAUAGUAGUGUCUUUGAUUGCUAUCGGGUUUGGCCUGGCAUACGGCAUCAAAAGUGUGCAGUCGAAGAACUAUGUCGAACUGGAGAGGCUCGAGUGGCUGGGAUGUGCGGGUCUUGCGGCGCUGGCCUUCGCGGACACCUUCUUCGCGACAGUCCUCUGCUACUUGUUAUCCACACGUCGGACGGUAAACAGAAAGAUGGACAGCAUCGUCCGAACACUCAUGAUCUACGCCAUCGGCACGGGCGGCCUUGACGCUGUCUGCGCCAUUGCCUGUCUUAUCGCGUACGUGGCCUCUCCCUCGACCUUCAUCAACAUCGCCAUCUACUGGAUCCUGCCCAAGCUGCUGCUGAACGCCGUCCUCGUGACGUUCAACGCGCGCGAGUCCCUCCGCGACCGCAUGGCCGCCCAAAGCUUCAUCCACCUCUCCGCUUUGUCGUCCACAGCAGCGGCGCCCACCAGUGCGGGCCCACGAAGGGUGAACGGGAUUGUUGUGUCGGCAGUGCCUCCACGGCCCUUCCUCGCGAAGAAACAGUCGGAGGAAAACGUGUUGGAGAACGUGCAGUCUUCCCAAUAG